CGGGAGGCGUCUGUGCGGGCGAGCGCGGCCCCCGGGGGCGAGCAGGGGAGAAUCCGGCGGUGGGCCAGCCCCGCCGUCCUUUUCCCCCGCACGCCCGUCGACCUUGUGGGCGGAAGCUUCCCGGAGCUGCUCACGCUCGCGCCAUGGCGACUGCUGCGGAGACCGAGGCCUCUUCGACGGACGAGAGCUGGGGAAGCGGCAGCGGCGGAGACGACGGGAUGAAGCCAGCGCUUCCGGAGCCGGAGUCCUCGCCACAAGAUGGCGGCGGUGGCUUCUUCGCCGCUGCGGAGGUCGGCGGCGGCGGCGCGGGGCCUGAGGAGACCGCCCGGAGCCACUGCCACGAGCAGCCUCAGCACGCUUCCGAGGCGGCCGCUGUCCCCAAAGGCGCCGAAGAGCCGGAAAGGCCCGUUAGGCGGAGUUUUCAGAUCCCCAGGAAGAGCAGAGAAAAGAAAGCACUUUUCCAGUCAUUAACUCCAGGCUCUAGAGAAUUUGAAGAUGUUUUAAAUAUUCUCCAUUCAUCUUACCUUGAGCAGUCCUCAGUAACACAUUUUAACUAUAGAAGAGCUUGCUUGAUACAUAAUGAACUUUUGGAAAAGGAGUUUACAGAAAAGAGAAGAGAACUGAAGUUUGAUGGUCGAUUGGAUAAGGAACUUUCAGAAUCUUACGCAUUUCUCAUGGUUGAUCGAUACCAGGUUCAAAGCAUAUGUGAAAAAGGAUUGCAAGUGGGCCAGUCCAAAAUAACCAUUCUUGGCAGUCCUUCUAUGGGUGUCUAUCUGUGUAAAUAUGCAGAUCUCUUACAGGCUAAUCCUUUGGAAGUUGGGGCAGUGGGAGAUGUUGUUAUUUUUAAAAUAAUGAAGGGUAAAAUAAAGAGUAUUUAUGAUCCUCUGAGUGUAAAAAGCUUGGAGCCUAUGUUAAAUAAAAAUGCUUUGGAUCCUACACCAAAGCAUGAAUGUCAUGUGUCUAAAAAUGCCAGUAGAAUUACGUCCCUUUUGGCUUACAGAGCCUAUGAACUUACUCAGUAUUAUUUUUAUGAGUAUGGCUUUGAUGAACUAAAACAAAGACCAAGACAUGUUUGUCCAUAUGCAGUUGUGUCUUUUACUUACAAAGAUGAUAAACAGGCGGCAAAGUUUAUGUCUUCACUGAGAUCUAACAACUUUAAUGCAGAUAGAAACAUAGAAAGAGUUUACUACACACUGUGGAAAGGACAACUUUUAAAUAAAGGAAAGCUUCUGUGUUACAUUUCUUUGAGGUCAGCCACUCAUGCCUUUUUGCCUAUCAAGCUUCCUGAGAAGUUAGAUGUUGAAACAGUUAUGAGUAUUGAUUGUUUGAAACAGAAAAUUCCUUCUGCAUUGUUUAAUAAAGACACAUACUUGGGUCCUACUGAAGUUUUAAAGAAUGGGAUGUAUUGUAGCCUUUAUGAAGUUGUAGAAAAGACAAGAAUUGGAAGUAACAUGGAGUGUUUACUGCAAAAACUGGAGAAAGAAAAACUUUCUCCUCGCGAUUUAUAUUUAAUUUCCUUAUUGUUACUAUGCUUUACUUUUUGUUUAUUUGCAGCACAAAAGGGUGUAAUGAGUCCAGCACCACAGGAGAAACAUGAGAACAUGUCAGAUAUAUUAAAAAUAACUCAGUUUUUACAGUUUGCUUUGAUUCAGUGUCGAAAAGAAUUCCAAGAUAUAAACACUAUAAAUUUUUAUUCUGUUGUUGAAAAGUACGUAAGUGAAUUUUUUAAGCGAGGUUUUGGUUCAGGUAAGCGAGAGUUUUUCAUGUUUUCAUAUGAUUCACGAUUAGAUGAUAAAAAAUUUCUAUACUCAGCACCAAGAAAUAAAUAUCAUAUUGACGACUGCUUACAUACCUACAUUUAUCAGCCAGAAAUGUAUCAAUUACCUAUUUUUAAAUUAAAAGAGUUAUUUGAAGAAAAUCGAAAACGUCAACAGUUUAGUCCACUUUCAGAUUAUGAAGGUCAAGAUGAAGAAAUUAAUGGUUCAAAAAUGAAAUUUGGAAAACGAAAUGGCUCAAGGGGUGAAUCUACUGAUCCUGCACAGCAGAAGUCGUCUCAUUCUCUAGAUUAUGAUAAGGAUAGAGUCAAAGAAUUGAUUAAUUUAAUUCAGUGUACAAAAAAAAAUGUGGGUGGGGACCCAGAUACAGAAGAUACUAGAAGCAAAAAUAUCUUGAAGAGGAAGCUUGAGGAUCUACCUGAAAAUAUGAGAAAGUUCGCCAAAACCAGCAAUUCAUCUGAUAAUUACCAUCUAUAUGAAGAGUCUCCACAGUCCAUUGGCUUACUUGGACACGAUCCUAACUUGAGACUGCAACAGGAAGAGGCAUGUAACAUUGGAGAUGCCCAUAAGCUUUAUAAUUGGUUAUCAGAAGCAUUAGCAAAUGAACGACACUCAGAUGCAAGGCACUCAGAUGCAUUCCUGACAGAUACAGUCAACAAGGCCUUAGGACUGAGUAGCAGUGGUGCCUGUGAAGAGCUAAGACAAAAGUGUGACUACGAGCUGAAUCCUCCUUUAGAUAAGAAAGACUGUGAGCAGCCUGCUUGUACAAAAGUUGAAAAUGUUCAUUUUAAGGGUGCUCAGAGCCCACUGCUAGAAGUUGAUGCAGCGUCUGUAAAGUACCCUACUCUUGCUUCUACCAGUGAGGAUCCUAAUUUAAUUAAUGUCAGUAAUUUUGAGGAGUGCAGUCUGUGUCCCACUGUUUCCGUUGAGCAUGGAUUCCUUAGACAACAUUCUAAGUCACAUGAUGAAGAAGAGACAGAAAUACAUUGGAAAUUGAUUCCAAUUACAGGAGGGAAUGCAAGAAGCCCAGAAGACCAGCAUGGGAAACAUGGUGAGAAACAGACACCAGGAAUAAAAUCGCCAGGAGAACCACUGGUGUGUCUGCCACCACUGGAGGCUUUUCCUCACGACCCUCGGGUAAUAAGUAGAGAAAGAAGUGCUGAUUACCAGUUUCCACCCUCUCCGUUUACAGACACUGUAAAGGGCACCACUGAGGAGGACCUGGUGUCAGCUCAGGUGGUGACAGUGGAAGAGCAGUGUGUGCCAGCAGCAGAGCCUCCUGCAGUGAGUGAGACUACAGAGAACACAGUGUUAGGAGAGUUCCAUCUCUUUUCUAGAAAGAUUGAAGAGAUUUUGAAGCAAAAGAAUGUUUCAUAUGUUAGUACAAUUUCCACACCUAUCUUUUCAGCACAAGAGAAGAUGAAUCGUCUUUCUGAGUUCAUAUAUUCUAAGACUUCAAAAGCUGGUGUACAGGAAUUUGUAGAUGGUUUGCAUGAAAAACUAAAUACUAUUAUUAUUAAAGCAUCAGCUAAGGGUGGGAAUUUGCCACCAGUAAGCCCUAAUCAUUCUCAUACAACAGCAUUGAAUUCUCUGGGAAGGCAUAUUGUAUCAAUUUCUUCAAGUGACUUCAACAGUAAAGACCUUUUUCAGCCAUUGUGUCCUGAGCCUUUAAAAGAUAUCAGUUCUAAUGAACAGUAUUCUUCGUCAAUUGAAGUAGAAAUGAAUCAGUUACACCCCUGCAAGGAGUUAAUUUUGACUUCUGAUCACACUGUACCUGGUGAUACUGCCCUGGAACCAGUAGAAAAAGAAAUCACAAAAUCAACUGGCGAUAUAAACAUUUCUGCACAGCCUGCUCUUUCAAAUUUUAUAAGCCAGUUAGAACCCGAAGUAUUUAAUAGUUUGGUUAAAAUAAUGAAAGAUGUCCAGAAAAAUACUGUGAAAUUUUACAUUCAUGAAGAAGAGGAGAGUGUGCUUUGCAAAGAAAUAAAGGAGUAUCUUACCAAAUUAGGCAAUACAGAAUGUCAUCCAGAUCAGUUUUUGGAAAGAAGGUCAACCUUAGAUAAACUAUUGAUUAUUAUUCAAAAUGAAGACAUUGCAGAUUUCAUUCACAAGGUACCUGGCUUGGUGACUUUAAAGAAGCUCCCAUGUGUUAGUUUUGCUGGUGUUGACAGCCUGGAUGAUGUUAAAAACCACACAUACAAUGAGUUAUUUGUGUCUGGUGGCUUUAUUGUAUCUGAUGAAUCAAUCUUAAAUCCAGAGGUUGUCACAAUUGAGAGCCUUAAAAUUUUUUUGACAUUCCUUGAAGAACUUAGUACUCCAGAAGGGAAAUGGCAAUGGAAAAUCCACUGUAAAUUUCAAAAGAAACUGAAGGAACUGGGCAGAUUGAAUACUAAAGCUCUGAGUCUGCUGUCUCUUCUAAAUGUGUAUCAGAAGAAACAUCUGGUUGAGAUUUUGUCCUAUCACAAUUGUGACUCGCAAACGCGAAAUGCUCCGGAAAUGGACUGCCUUAUCAGGCUUCAGGCUCAGAACAUACAGCAGCGACACAUAGUCUUUCUAACAGAGAAGACUGUCAACAUGGUUUCCAGUUAUACAGAUAAUGGAAUUGUAGUUGCAACUGCUGAAGACUUUAUGCAAAACUUUAAAAGUCUUGUGGGAUAUCACAGCUCAGUCACAGAAGAAAAUCUUCCGCUGCUUGGUGCCAAUGAGAACCUUGAGUCACAGUCAGCUCUUUUAGAAAACGGUGAAAAGGAUGAAGAGGAUAUGUCUCUGGAUUCAGGGGACGAAAUCUCACACAUAGAAGUAUUCAGCAGUUUUCAUUCAGAAAUAUUGGCGAGAGAGACCAAAGGAUCAAGUGGAACAGAUCAAAAAAACAAUAAUCAAAUUGAAUUGCAGUCAUCUCUUGACGUGCAAAACAGUUUAUUAGAAGAUAAAACUUCCCAUAUUGAUUGUGAAGAGAGAGCUCCUAUUGAUAGAGUAUGCUCUGAAGGAGAAAACAGCAAUUCAGCAGAACAAGAUUCAUAUAGCAACGUUCAGGCUUAUCAAAGUCAAUUAGAAAUGUCCCGCCAGUUUAGUCACUUUAAUGUUCUCACUCAUCAGACGUUUCUGGGGACACCAUAUGCCCUUGCAUCAACUCAGUCUCAAGAAAAUGAAAAUUACUUUUUAUCUGCUUACAAAAACUUGGAUAUAGAGAAAUCUUCAUUAAGUUAAGGAUGUGUCCAAAGAUAAAUUACAAUAACUCAAAAAAAAAAAAAAAAAGGCUGUGGACUUUUUCCAGUUUCUGAAAAGUGAAUUGAUGUUUUUCAAGUUUCCUAACUUAAGACAUUUUUUCUUUCCCAUAUACUUAAAUCAUGAUGACCUGUAACAUUUGAAGCAUCUGAAAAUUGAAAUAAAUACCUUUUUUGGACAUACUGUAAUCAAAUUAUCUCAUGUUGGCACCUUCCAGUUUCACAUUUGUUACCUGUACUUGGGCUUCAAAUUGAAGUCUGUUUUAUAUGUAAAAUUUGAUGUUUAUAAAAGAAUGGUAAAUAGAAAUGAUUUUCUUUAAUGUCAGAUGAUAACUGCUGAAAUGUCAAUUAUUUAUUUUGAUUAAAGCUUUUGUAUAGUGUUUUUACACAGGUAUAAGCCAGCAGUGUCAAUAUUUACAGGAUUUUGGCUCAGUACCUCAAGCUAUAUCUAACAGUGCAAUUGCAAUUUAGCAAACCUAUGUCUACAAUACCAAGUAGCAUUUUCUCAAUGUUCAGGUUUAGCUGUGUAAAAAUUUAGCUUCAUGUACGUUUUUGUCAGCCUUUUGAGAUCCUUGGUAAAUACUGUCGUGUGAUCUAUAGUCAAAUGAACUUUUUAAGAUGGAGUUUCUGUUUUCAAUGGUAUUGGAUAAAUUUGGAACUAGUUACGUACCUUAGUGCUGUACUAAAUCUAUACAAAAACUGCAUGGUGGAGAUAAAUCUCAAGCCCUUCUAUAACUUACAUAUCACUUGCUUACUGUUAAUAUUGUGACAACUGGGGCAUCUCCACUUUUAAUACAAUGAAAACAAAAUUUAUAGAAAAGAAAAAACAGGAUUCUGAAAUGAAUUUGAGUGCUCUGAGUAAGAGUUUAGCUCGGUGUGUUAAUAAUAGUACUUCUCACGCCCUCAACACUGCUGACAGGUCAGAGGUCUCUAGACUCUCUAGUAUGGUAAGUAGAAAGUAAGUUUACGUCUUAGUAUGACAGAGAUCAUUUUUUUACAGAGAUCAUUUUUUUAAAACUAUAAAUUGUUUUAUUGUCUUUAAAAAAUACAGCAUUUUCUUACAUAAUGUGAAGUUUUUCAUUGGGUGCUUGGAAAAUGCAGUUGAGUGGUGAGCAUAUUUAAAAUGAAGAACUAAAAUUAUCUUCUUGGUUUGCAGUUAAGGGUAUGAGAUUCGUUUCCAGCUCCUUUUGUUUCUGGAGAAGACCCUGCAAUCACAUUGAUAGUUAGUGAAGGUGUGAUAGCCAACUUAAAUACAUGGUAGGGAAAAAUUAUUGGCUCAGGAUAGAAUUGUUAUUGGACAUAGCUCAAGUUUCAUCUUUUUUAGUAAUUUUUGUAGUGGUCCCUCCUCCUUUGGUUGUUACCUAGCUAGAGUAUUUUCUACUAUAUAAGCAACGUGGAUGAUUUCUUUCAAAAUCAUGAGAAGUGUGUCAGUGAGAGUCUUAGCUCUGCUGAAACAGUGUAAGGGUUUUAUGGUGAAGUGUGCCUAUCACACUUCUCUUGUUCCUUUGUGUGAGUUACCAAGGUUGAGUAAUGUGCUCAAGCUAUAUGUAACCAGAGGUAGCACUUAAAGGAUACAAGUAAAUGGGUUAGUUUUCUAGUUUUAGGAAGAACAAUAAAGGGUAAGCGACACGAGACAAAUUCUUCUCAAAUACAGUGUAAUAAGCCCCCGGGUAGGUUUCAAAUGUUACUGGAUUUUAUUUUUGCUUGUAUAAAAACUUGGAGAAGUGUCUGGUGAAUAGUUCCGUGUAUAUAAUUUCAUUCUUGGAACUAAACUUACGAAGAAUGGACCAUAUUGGUUAAAAUUCACUAAAGCAUAAUUGUAUAUUUGUUUCUUUGUUGUUUUAGCACUUUAUUGUGUUUUGAUGUUUAAAUGUACAUAUUUUUAAAUAAAAACUGUCUUAAUAUCCAAA